AUGGAGGCCACCUCCCAAAGGAGUCUGCUGUCACAGCGGACAAGCGGGGCCUCAACCGCCCUGUCUGCCUCGGCAACCCACCUUCACCCGGUCGCCGAGCCCAGCACCUACAGCCCCGAGAGCCCAGGCUUCCGCAGCGACGCCGGCGCCGGCGUCCGCGCGGGAAGGUAUAAAAACGACCGCGACCGCUGCCUGGCACCUUUCGAGAGCAGCCCGCUGAGCCCUGCUAGCUACUGCGCAAGCGUCGCUCUGCCCUGCGCUCUCGGCGUCCGGCUCGCAGCCAAUCAGCAGGCGCUCCGAGGACGCGGCUCCGGAAGGCCCCUCACGGCGACGGAAGUGACGCGCCGGCGUGCUGACGCGCGGGCUCCAGCCGAGGCCGAUUCCGCGCCCGCCAUGGCCGACAAAAUGGACAUGUCCCUGGACGACAUCAUUAAACUGAACCCGAAGCAACUUCCGGACAAGUGGCAGCACGACCUCUUCGACAGCGGCUUCGGGGCCGGUGCUGGCGUGGAGACCGGCGGGAAGCUGCUGGUGUCGAACCUGGACUUCGGAGUGUCGGACGCCGACAUUCAGGAACUCUUCGCUGAAUUUGGGACUCUGAAGAAGGCUGCCGUGCACUAUGACCGCUCUGGCCGGAGUUUAGGGACAGCAGAUGUGCACUUUGAGCGGAAGGCCGAUGCCCUGAAAGCGAUGAAACAGUACAAUGGUGUCCCUCUGGAUGGCCGCCCCAUGAACAUCCAGUUGGUCACAUCACAGAUCGACACACAACGGAGACCUGCACAGAGUAUAAACAGAGGUGGCAUGACUAGAAACCGUGGCUCCGGAGCUUUUGGCGGUGGCGGCGCCCGGAGAGGCACCCGUGGGGGCAGCCGGGGGCGAGGCAGAGGGACUGGCAGGAGUUCAAAGCAGCAGCUGUCAGCAGAGGAGUUGGACGCCCAGUUGGAUGCUUACAACGCCAGGGUGAGUCCUGGGUUGGGGGCCAGAGGUGAGAUGAUGGCGAGUGGGGGGGCCUUUGCCCGGAGCUGCCAGUUCACCCUGCUGCACUGUGGAGCUGGUGGCAUGUGGGCAGUCGUCGUGACCCAGGGAGACCUGCGAUUGGGGCCUAGGAAGCAUGCUUAG